CACCACGGCUCCUGCCCCGAGCUGCAGCUCCACCGCCUCCGCGUGCCCGACUUCAGCCCCCCGACGCACGAGCAGAUCCAGAGCUUCCUGCGCCUGGUGGAGGAGGCCAACGGCAAGGGGGAGGCUGUGGCGGUGCACUGCUUGCUGGGGAACGGCCGCACAGGCACCAUGCUGGCCUGCUACCUUGUGAAGGCCCAGAAGAUGAGCGGUAUCGACGCCAUCCAAGAGAUCCGGAGGCUCCGGCCCGGCGCUAUCGAGACGCACGAGCAGGAGAAAGCUGUGAUCCAGUUCUACCAGCGCAUUAAGUAGGUGCAGUCCCAUCUCCGCAUCUCCCACUGCCGUGCCAUGCCGGGGCCACGACCAGCGGGGUGUUCCACACUGGAUGCAGCGAGCCGGAGGGACGUUGGUGGUUGGAUCUGCCUGCCGUGGGACUGGCAAGGGUGGAGAGGAGGCAUGACGGUCACCAUUGCCCCUGAGGCAGCAUGUGCUGGACAGAGAUGGGCAGAGAUGGGUGGAGAUGGUCAUUCUAUCAGGCCCGAAAAUGGAGGGGGAGCCUUUUCCAGCUUGGAGGGGCUGCUCUCUGUCCUGUCUAUCAUUAAAGGACUCUCCUGUGCCUAGGCCUGUGCUUG